CGGACACAACAGACUUGACCCUGAGCUGAGCAGCCUGCAGAGAAGAGAGAGAGUUGAUUUAUCUAUUUAUUGAACUUUUAUUGUACCAUUUGAGUCUCUGACAUUUAGGGUAAAAAUGGUGACCUGUGGAACUCUGGUGAAGAUCUGGACAUUAGCCGUCGUCAUAGCAGCACUGGGCUGUACUGGGACAGUAGAUGGAGAGAAGCUGGUGUCGUGCUGUAGGACAGUGUCUAGGACAGAGGUGACCGAUCCCAUCACAGGCUACUGGAUUCAGAACUAUAAUGCUCCUUGUGUACGGGCCGUCAUCUUUGAGACGGAGAAGGGUCUGUUCUGUAGUUACCAUAAACAACCCUGGGUACGCAGAAAGAUUCAGCAGUUUGAAAUGGCCCGUCUGAGCUCAACAUUUCUCUCGCUCUCCUCUCCAACCUCUCUCACCUCCACCUCCACCCCUACCACUACCUCCUUACCCUCCUCUCCACCCUCCAUCAACUCCUCUCCUCCCUCUCUCACUUCCACCAGUACCUCCUUAACCUCCUCUCCCUCCUCCUCUCCUCCCUCUCUCACCUCCACCCCUACCUUCUUACCCUCCUCUCCUCUUUCUGUUUUCUCCUCUCUUUUCCCUCUUUCCUCCUCUUCUCCAGGUGUACCUUCCUCUCCUCCCUCUCUUUCCUCCUCUCCUUCCUAUCUCCUCUCCUCUCUUUUCCCUGCCUCUUCCUCUCCUCCCUCUAUCUCUUCCUCUCCUCCCUCUUUCUCCUCCCCCCGUCAUCGGGAAUCGACCAAGAAUGCCUCAACUCAACAGUCAACAUCCAACCAAUAGAAUCAUUGCCAAUGGCUGAAGCUCCGCUGAUGUUCAAAACUUCCAAUAUGCAUAUUACAUAUUCAUAUUGAAUAUCUUAUUCAUAUUGAUGUUUUUCAUAGUCUGAUUAUCUAGUUAUACUUGAACUCAGUUGCCAUAAUCAUGUUCAAUGGGUUGUUAGAGUUUUUAUGUAUUAUAUUUAAGACCAGUAUUGUAUGUGUUCAUUGUUUUAUUUAUUCAAGUAUUUAUGGGGGCUUGUAGAACAUUUUUGAUGUUUAGAUGAAUAGGUUUAUAUUUGGCUGUUUGUAAUUCAUCAUGUCAAUGAGUUAUCAAUGUUAAUUAAUAAAUGUAUUUAUUAAAGUACUUA